UCCCAAACCACCCAUCAUGCCUCCCAAGCUCACCAGCUAUUCCCGCCCCGGCCGCGGCCAACACUUCCAAGACGAAUAUGGCUUCUCCGAAGCCUGCAUUGCCGGCGACAGAAUGGAAAUUGCCGGACAGACCGGAAUGUCCCCAACCUCCACAACCAUCCCCCCAACCCUCGAAGAAGAAGUCGCCCAGGCCUUCGCCAACAUCAACGAGGUGAUCCUGUACGCGCUGGAGCGGGCGCGGCCGGACCUGCGCGCCCAGGUGGCCACCGGGUGGGAUCUGGUCACCAAGCUGCGCACCUACCACGUGAACCUGCCGAAGACCCGGGAGACGAUCAUCGAGCUGAUGGUGGACGAGGUCCGCAGGUGGUGCCCCGGGCACCAGCCGACGUGGACGAUGCUGGGGAUUGAGGCAUUGCCGUUCGAGGGCCAGAAUCUGGAGGUCGAAGUGGAUGUUUAUCUGGGUUCGGGGGUGUAGGUCC